AUGUUCCGCUCCCUCGCCUUGGUCCUCGUCUUCGCCGCCGUCGCCAUCCGCGCCCAGACCCUGGGUGCCUGCCAAACCUUCUGCAACGCCCAAGGACCUAGCGCCACCUACUGCAUGGCCGACACUCCGUGAGGAGUCUGACGUCUUCUGAAACCUUCAGAAGUUCAGAUUCAACUCGGUCGGCAACAAGUCGUGCUUCAACCUCUGCGUCAACAACUGCAUGGUCGACGUCUCCAAGUGCCUCGACAGCAACUAUGCGUAGGUCCUUCUCUCAGAUCAAGCUCAAGAAGUUCGACUCCAGAUGCGCCAUCAAGAAGACGCCCAUCGGAGGCAACAACGACCUGAAGAAGAGCGGCUGCGACAAACUCUUCUACCCCGCCUGGUACUUCACUACUCCAGCCCCCGGAAAGUAA